CGAGGAAGUCAGGCGGGCAUUGGAGACGAUCUUCGCUGCCGAUUCCGAGAUUUACCAGACGCGGGGAUUCCAGCGCCGCAUCGGGUUCGGGACCAGGCCGGCGCUGCUGAUCAUCGACCUCGCCAACGCGUGGACCAAGCCGGGCCACAACUUCACCUGCGACAACAUGGACGUCAUCAUCCCCGCGAAUCAGCAGCUUCUGGCCGCCGCGCGGGAGAAGAAUAUUCCGGUGAUCUACACGACGACGGCCUAUCAGGACCCGACCGGGCCGCGCUCCGACACCGGGCUCUGGCACAUGAAGAUCCCGGUCGAGACGCUGCGCGAAGGCUCGCCGGAAGCGGAAUCGACGAGCGCAUCGCGCCGAUGCCGGCCCGCGGCGAGCAGGUGAUCGUGAAGAAGCGCGCCAGCGCGUUUCACGGCACGUACCUCGCAGGCUAUCUCCGCGCCCAGCGGGUCGACACAGUGAUCAUCACGGGCGUCACCAUGGCGGGGUGCGUGCGCCACUCCGCCGAAGACGCGAUCGCCGAGGGCUUCCGCCCCAUCGUCGUGCGCGAAGGCGUCGGCGACCGGGUGCCGGGCGUUGUCGAAUGGAAUCUGUUCGACAUCGACGCCAAGUUCGGCGACGUCGAGCCGGUGGAGCGCGUCCUCGCUUAUCUCGACGGCCUCGAGGCCUUCAGCAACGAAUAG